AUGCCCAGGCAAAACUACUCCAUGGUGACUGAGUUCGUUCUGCUGGGACUCACAGACCGAGCAGACCUGCAGCCUGUGCUGUUUGCCGUCUUCUUACUCAUCUACAUUGUCACCAUAAUCGGGAACCUGACCAUGAUUUUCUUAAUCAGAACUGAUUCAAAGCUGCACACCCCGAUGUACUUCUUCCUCAGCCACCUCGCCUUUGUAGAUCUCUGUUAUGCCACCAAUGUCACUCCUCAGAUGCUGGUGAAUUUCUUAUCCAAGAGGAAAACCAUUUCCUUUGUUGGCUGUUUUAUUCAAUUCCACCUUUUCAUCGCUCUUGUGAUCACAGAUUAUUACAUGCUGACGGUGAUGGCCUACGACCGCUACGUGGCCAUCUGCCAGCCCUUGCUCUAUGGCAGCAAAAUGUCCAGAUGUGUGUGUGUGUGUCUCGUUGCUGCUCCUUACCUUUAUGGCUUUGCAAAUGGCUUGGCACAAACCAUCCUGAUGCUUCGCCUGACCUUCUGUGGACCCAAUGAGAUCAAUCACUUCUACUGUGCUGACCCCCCGCUCUUGGUCCUUGCCUGCUCAGACACGUAUGUCAAAGAAACAAUGCUAAAGCAAAACUACUCUGUGGUGGCCGAGUUCAUCCUGCUGGGACUCACAGACCGAGCAGACCUGCAGCCUGUGCUGUUUGCAGUCUUCUUACUCAUCUACCUUAUCACUGUGAUUGGGAACGUGACCAUGAUUUCCCUAAUCAGAACUGACUCAAAGCUGCACACCCCGAUGUACUUCUUCCUCAGCCACCUCGCCUUUGUAGAUCUCUGUUAUGCCACUACAGUUGCCCCUCAGAUGCUGGUGAAUUUCCUAUCCAAGAGGAAGGCUAUUUCCUUUGUUGGCUGUAUGUUACAAUUCAAUUUUUUCAUUGCUUUUGUGAUCACAGAUUAUUAUGUACUUGCACUGAUGGCCUAUGACCGCUAUGUGGCCAUCUGCCAGCCCUUGCUCUAUGGCAGCAAAAUGUCCAGAUGUGUGUGUGUGUCUCUCGUUGCUGCUCCUUACCUUUAUGGCUUUGCAAAUGGCUUGGCACAAACCAUCCUGAUGCUUCGCCUGACCUUCUGUGGACCCAAUGAGAUCAAUCACUUCUACUGUGCUGACCCCCCACUCAUGGUUCUUGCCUGCUCGGACACAUACGUCAAAGAAAUGGCCAUGUUUGUGGUGGCCGGGUCCAACCUCACCUGCUCUCUGGGCAUCAUCCUGGUCUCCUACGUGUUCAUCUUCGCAGCCAUCCUGCGCAUCCGCUCUGCUGAGGGCAGGCGCAAGGCCUUCUCCACCUGUGGGUCUCACCUGACAGCUGUAACCAUCUUUUAUGGGUCACUGUUCUGUAUGCACUUGAGGCCCCCUUCUGAGACAUCUGUGGAACAGGGUAAAAUCAUUGCUGUGUUUUAUAUCUUUGUAUAUAUAUCUUUAUAUCUUUGUAAGCCAAUGCUAAACCCUCUGAUCUAUAGCUUGAGAAACAAAGAUGUUAAAAUGGCCUUAAAGAAAGUGAUCCAAAAGGAAUUGUUUGAUAAAUAA